AUGGCUCUAUACAACCAAACUGUGGAUUUUCUCUCUGGUGCCUUCUCGAAUAAGCAGACUCAACUCCCCUUGCUAGCAGUAACUGGGGCUUCAUUUACACUUGGUCUACUCGCUCGAUCGGCUUUCCCUUCAAACGAAUCGCCCCAGACUGUUCACGUCUCGCCUCGAUCAACAGUCCUGCCCGGCAUAUCCGAGUCGGAGAAUCGUCAACUGCCUCUCCCGACGGAUGCCCUGCCCGGUGCUCGUGAUGUUGCUAGCCCGUAUGGGUCGAUCCGAGUGUAUGAAUGGGGCCCGGAAGAUGGACCCAAGGUGUUGCUCGUGCACGGUAUCACCACUCCUUGUAUUUCGCUCGGCGGGUUGGCCCAUGCACUAGCGGAUCGCGGCUGCCGUGUCAUGCUAUUUGACUUGUUCGGAAGAGGAUAUUCCGACUGCCCCGCUGAUCUUCCACAAGAUGACCGCCUCUUCUCGACACAGAUCUUCCUCGCUCUGACAUCAUCGCCUAUCUCUUGGACCGGUGCAGAGUCCGGUAAAUUCUGCCUUACUGGCUACUCUCUGGGAGGUGGUAUUGCCGCAGCCUUUGCAUCCUACUUUCCUCAUCUUCUGUCGUCAUUGGUGCUCCUGGCCCCUUCAGGCUUGCUUCGCAAUUCGCAAAUCAGUUUCCAAAGUCGACUCCUUUACUCAAAGGGUCUUAUGCCCGAGAAUAUCUUAUCAUUUUUGGUCAGCCGUCGACUGAGAGCAGGGCCCUUGGUCACGCCCAAACCCAAAAACAAGAAGCUCAGCGCUGCAGAUGUACUGGCCGAGGAACUGCCUUCCCAGAGCGCUGCAGCAACCCAAAUUCUGUCCCGGGAAUACCCCUACAUCAACGUCCCGUCUACUGUGGCAUGGCAGGUGAAUACCCAUACCGGAUUUGUCCACGCUUUCAUGUCUAGCAUGCGUUAUGGCCCAAUCCUACAAGAGCGCCAAUGGAACAGAUGGGCGCGUCUUGGCGAUUAUCUAACUGCACAAAACGGCGCCUCAAGCAGCGAGAACAAGAGACCGGUGGUCAACAAGGUCCACAUCCUGUGUGGCAACAAUGAUUCAAUCAUUGUCAAAAGUGAGCUUGUUCCAGAUGCCACGGCUGCCCUGGGUGGCAACGUUGUCUUCAAGUUCUACGAAGCGGGACAUGAGUUCCCCAGUACCAAGUACGAGGAAGUAGCAUCUUAUAUCUUCGAGUUACUAUGA